AUGCCCAUCUCCGCCUUCAAUAUAGACAGACUGAUUAAUUUUGUCAAGUCUAGAAAAGACCCAAGUAUAACUUUUACUAUCCCUUCUAUUACAAAGCCUCAAGUCAUCGCUAGUCUCCUAAAAAUCAGUCCUAAUAAAGCAGUUGGCAUAGAUAAAAUAAGUGCUCGUCUAUUGAGGAUUGCGGCUCCUGCGAUCGCCUCUUCACUGACGCGAAUCAUUAACUUCUCAUUUGAAUCUGGUGUGUUCCCCAAGCGUUGGAAAUUGGCAAAAAUAACACCUCUCUUCAAAGCUGGUGAUGAAGACGACGUUUCAAACUACAGCCAAUAUCAGUGCUUACAGUCCUAUCCAAAGUAA